AUGCACAUGACUGGAACAUAUAUAUUCGAGUGUGAUUUGGUUGGUGUCAAGUUGAUCAUGCAAUCACAUCGGUGCAACAAGUCAAGUUACCACCAACCACCAACCAGAUCCAGUGCGUACAUGACCAUUACUAGAAUGACUGCCAAGAAUAUUCGUGUCCAAAAGUUGAUUCAACCUGAUUAUAGUCCAGUCGCAUGGUGUGAUACAGUGGUUGUGGAAUACAACAUCCAGUGUAAUACCGUGUUUGUCAUUUGUAUUAAUGUGAUCACCGUUAUUGUUGUCGAUAUAUGCAAUCAAUACAAUCAAUACAGUGUAUGCAGACUGUCAGCAGAUCGCAUAGUGGCCGUCAACAUAUUGACUGAACUGUGUGUAGCAGAACGAGCAAAUGGAUUGGGUGGUUCAUCAGGUGUAUCAUUCGAUGUAUAUAAUGCGACUCGGUAUAUUAUGACCAAUAUCAUGUUGUUUUUCGGGUGUCUGGUGUGA